AAAAUUAGAACAAGUCUUCUAAAAUAUUUAAAGGCCAUGUCUACUACUAAUCUUUAAUGUGAAAAAGAUGAGACAAUAAAUUAGGGACAUGAGACUUUUUGUUCCUUCUGAUAUGUCUGUCUUUAUAAAGGACAUGAGCUAGACUUGUAAUAUCAUCGAAAUUGAAAGACACAGGAAAAAUAUAAAAAUAAAUAAAAGAUAAACAUUAUGGACACACAGAGAAAAUUGCAAGCAGAGCAACUAUCUUGCCCAACCAAGUCUCAUGAACUAAUAUUUGAUCAUAAAUCUGAUCAUCAAAGACGUUCGGCCAAUUAUACGCCAACCAUUUGGAAAUAUGAUUUCCUGGAGUCUCUUAACAACAAAUAUGAUAGUGAAGAGUACAAAAAGCGGUCUGAGAAGCUUAUCGAGGAUGUGAGGCAUAUUAUUGUUGAAACCAAAGACUUAAAGGGUAUGCUAGAGCUGAUUAACACCAUCAGAAAACUAAGCUUGACAUAUCAUUUCGAAGACGAAGUCAAGAAAGUUCUUGACAAAAUAUCAUCUUCCGAUUACUACUACAACAAUAAUGACAUUAAAGAUCCCCUCGUAGGAGACGAUCUCUAUCUCGCUGCAUUAUAUUUCAGGCUUCUUAGGCUUCAUGGAUAUCAUGUUUCACAAGGCAUAUUUGUUGGGUACAAUAGUGUGGAUUACAAAAAAGGUGGUGGGACACAUAAUAUUACAUCAACAGAGGUGAAAGUGAUGAUAGAGGUUUUAGAGGCCUCACAUGUAGCUUUUGAGUGUGAGGAGAUGCUAACUGAGGCUAAAGCUUUGAUGGAAGAAAACCUCAAAAUUGCCUUUCCUGACAACGGCAACAAAUAUCUUCCCAAACAUGAGGUGGUUCAUGCUUUGGAACUUCCAUCUCAUUGGAGGGUUCAGUGGUUUGACGUAAAAUGGCAAAUAGAAGCUUAUCGUCAAGGUGACCCGGAUACCAACACUACAACUACUACUAGUCUCUUGGUUGAUUUAGCCAAAUUAAACUUUAACAUAGUUCAAGCCACACUUCAAAAAGAUCUUAGGGAGUUGUCCAGUUGGUGGAAGAAUGUGGGCCUUUCAGAGAAGUUGGAUUUUGCGAGAGAUAGGCUGGUCGAGAGCUUCAUGUGUACUGUGGGACUGGCUUUUCAGCCUGAAUACAAAAGUCUGAGAAAAUGUCUUACCAAAGUGGUCAAUUUCAUACUCAUUGUUGAUGAUGUUUAUGAUGUUUAUGGCUCAUUGGAAGAGCUCAGACACUUCACCAAUGCCGUUGAUAGGUGGGAUGUACGGGAAACUGAAAAACUUCCAGAUUGCAUGAAGAUUUGUUUCCAAGCACUCUACCAUACUACAUGUGAAAUUGCUAGUGAAAUUGAGACUAAGAACGGUUGCAAGUUAGUUUUACCUCAUCUAAAGGGAGCGUGGACAGACUUUUGUAAAUCACUAUUAAUGGAGGCAGAAUGGUACCACAAGGGGUAUAUCCCAUCCCUUGAGGAGUAUUUAAGCAAUGCUUGGAUUUCAUCUUCGGGCCCUCUUCUUCUUCUUCAUUCAUAUCUUGCUAUGCCAAAUCAGACUAAUACGGCCUCUUCUCUUGACAUAAGCAAAGAUCUUGUCUACAACAUUUCUCUCAUCAUUCGACUAUGCAACGAUUUAGGAACUUCAGCGGCUGAACAGGAAAGAGGAGAUGCUGCAUCUUCUAUCGUAUGUUAUAUGCAAGAAACGAAGAGUAGUGAAGAGGAGGCCCGAAAGCAUAUCCGAGAAAUGAUUAGAAAAACAUGGAAGAAGAUCAACAAGACAUGCUUUAGUACUUGCGGCAGUAGUUCACUAUCAUUAUCAUUUAUAGAUAUUGCCCUUAACACUGCUCGAGUGGCACAUAGCCUCUACCAAUCUGGAGAUGCCUUCAGUGCUCAACAUACAGACUAUAAGACUCAUAUUCUCUCCUUACUCGUUCACCCUCUCAUUCCCAAUAAGUAAACUAGCUAGGAUGAUGAGUCCUUUAAUGGGUCACCAUGUGUUUUCUUUUUUAUAAUUAAUAGAAAAAUUUAGGUGGUUAAGCAGUUUAUUACAGGUUAUGUUAUGAUUAAUUAUUAUUAUUAUUAUUAUUAUUAUUAUUUGUUUUCUUUUUCAUAGUAAUUAAGUUUAAGUUUUUUAUGUACAACUCUUCAAAGCACGUGAACGAUGUCUCCUGUACUUUGAGGAAUUGAGAAUGUGUGUUUGUCGUUGGUGGUUGAUCACUAUAGCUAGUUGUUAUGUAUCGUGGUGAUUUUAGUGUAAUUUAUAUUCAGAUAAAUAAAGACUACUUGUAAUGUUUUAUUUCAACCUUUUUGAAGUC